UCGGGAAUGUGCUGCUGCUGCAAACCUCAGAAGCCAUUUUGAGAUGAAGUCCCUGUUGAGAAAAGCCAUGAAGAUGCUGAAAACAACGAGCAUGGUUACAUUUCUGUCUGUUUCUCCCUCCGUCUCCUCCUCCUAUUUCACCUUGGCAGCUGUCAACCGACCGGGACAUUAUAAGCAAAGCGGGGUAAUCAAGCUGCGCUCACAGCAGGGUUAAAACGUCAUUGAGUCUUGUUUACUGUCUCUCUGUCCAGACAUGUAACACCGUGAGUUUUUCUCCAGUCUGAAAUCUUCCAGCAUCUCUCACACAACGCAACACAACGUCUCCUUGAGUGACUGUGUCAAUUCACUCUUUGUACCGGAGAGAAAAAGGAGGCUUUCCAAUGGCUUCUGUGAGCCUUGUUUCCAGUCCCCCUGCCCCUGUUCUUGACAAAAACAUGACAGACUCUGAGCUUGCAGGGGAUGAAAGGGAGGACGGCGAGCUGGAAGAUGGAGAAAUAGACGACGAAGGGAUCGGGAUCGAAGAGGAAAACAAAGAGGCGACGGAGGCGACGGAUGACAAAGAGAAGGAGAAGGAAAAAGAGAAGACCAAAGAGAAAGAGGAGAAGACGCACAGGCACUCGAGGAAACGAUACAAGAAGACGAGAGAGAAGAGGAGGUCUAAGAGGAGGAGGCGUGACAGACAGAAACAUCACUCCCCCUCCAGCAGCUCCAGCUCUGACAGCUACGACUCCGACUAUGACCGACAGGAAAGGCCCAAAAACAGGAAGAGCCAGGGAUCAAACCGCGAGUCCGACGGCCAGUCCUCUCAGCACGGCCGGGAUUCAAAGGGAGCACACGGCAAGUCGCCGCCGCCGCCGCCGCACAAGAGCAGCGAUUUUGACAAAUACAGCGACUACAGCGACGACAAGUACGACUACGACGAGGAGGAGGAAGAGUACGAGGACGACAUGUCGGAGUACCCGAUGUCCAAAGAGUCCCAGAAUCAGGGAAGGGGACGCCACGGCAGAGAGCAGAUGAAGAGAGGAAACAUGAGGGGGAUGAAGCAGCAGCAGUUCGGGCAGAGGGGGAGGGGCAGAGGGAGCGGACCAGGAAGAGGACGAGGGAUGCUCAACAAGAACAAGAAGCUGAAGGGGAAACCCUGGGGAGGUCGAGGUCGAGGUCGGGGAGGAGACCAGGGCAUGGAGGACAUGCCUCCGGAGGGAAAAAACUCUUCCGGCUUCCAGAAGAAGCGGCCAAUCAUGAGCAAGGAGUUCAUCAACCAGCACACAGUCGAACACAACGGGAGAUACAUCUGCAAGUAUUUCCUGGAGGGCCGAUGCAUCAAGGGGGAGCAGUGCAAGUUUGAACACGAGCUCGUAAUACCAGACAAGAAAAGGGAGCUGUGUAAAUUUUAUCUCCAAGGUUACUGCAGCAAAGGAGAUAACUGCAUUUACAUGCACAAUGAAUACCCGUGCAAGUUCUUUCACACUGGAGCCAAAUGUUAUCAAGGAGACAACUGCAAGUUCUCCCACUCGGCUUUGAAUGAUGUCACCAAAGAGCUGCUUGAUAAGAUAAUUAACACCGAGGAGGAGAACGCGCGCGAGGACGAGUUGGAGCUGGAGGAUCUGAGAAAGCAGGGCAUCGCCCCGCUUCCCAAGCCGCCUCCCGGGGUGGGUUUGCUGCCGACCCCCGGUCAGAGCAGUCCCACAGACGGAGGAGCCUCGGGCCAGGCGGGGAAGAAGAUCCCCUCUCUGUUUGAAAUCAAAGUUCAACCCACUGUAGACCUGGCGCAGAAAAUUGCUCUGAGCGGAUCCAACUUCUCCCAGAAUGAAGGCGAAGGCACCGACGAGUUUAGCGGAGGCUCAGAGGAAACCCCGAGCGGAGGUAAUGUGCCUUCGGCCACCUUUCCGUCUUCUGUCCCUCCCCCUGGGUCACCCGGUCCCAUGGGUCACCCCACAGGACCCGCCAUGCCCCAGAGCCCUCCAGGACCGCCCCCACCACCACACGGAUUUACAAUGCCGCCGCCACCGAUCCUCCCUUCUGGUCCGCCCCCGCCCUUCAGACCCAACAUGCAGAGGCCUCCGUUCCCUCCUCCCGAUCUACAGAUGCUGCAAAGUCUCUUCCCUUUUCCAUCCAUGGGGCAGAACCCGGCGGACAUCUUUGGAAGUUUUCUCCAAAACCAGACUAUGGGUCAACAAGGAGACCCGGCGAUGGCCUUCAUGCAGAACCUCCAGCAGCAGAUGGGCGCAGAGUCACAGUUGCAGUCUUUACCACCAGCUGUACAAAAAGCCAUCUUUUUACACCUGACGCAGCAGCAGCAGCAGACAGAGAUGAAUCCACAGGGGACAGAAACACUGAGAGCAGAGGGCCAGGAUGAUAACAGUGCAAGCAGAGAUGAAACAACAAACUGGUACUCCAGUGACGAGGAAGACGGGAGCUGCGUUUCUUCCAUCCUUAAAACUCUCAAGAAGCAGAAUGAGAUGCAUCAGGCUCAGUCCAAGCCCCCCCAAGCCGCCCCGCUGGCUCCAGCACUCGGUGACCCUCGGACUGUGAAGGAGAGGGGCCCUCCUAGUGAUCCCCGAACGAAGACGGACCCACGACAGCGCCCCCCAGAUAUGAAAAAGGAGUCCGAUGGAGCCGCAGAUCCCCGGCUCUCCAGAGACCCCCGGAAGAUGAGGCAGAUGGAACCGAGCUCCUACCGUCAGCCGGCUCCUAAGAAGCAUUCUGCGGGAGACGAGGACGAGGAGGGGGAGAGGGAGCUCAGGGAAAAAGCUGUUCUCAUCCCUCUCGACGCCAGCCCCAAUGCGGUGCUGCGGGACCCCCGGUGCCAGCUGAAGCAGUUCAGCCACAUCCGGGUGGACAUCCUCCUGCAGCGGCCGGCCUUCGCUCAGGCGGUCAUCUGGGCCCCUGAAGACCUCAUCCCGUCUCUGGUGCCCAAACAGGAACACUCCAUCAACCUGCCUCUCCCUCCCCUGAUCGCAGACGCUCAGAUGAACCGAGCGAGCCUGCCUGAUCACCCACCGGUCUCCAGCCCUCCGCCCACCGACCCCCGACUGGCCGCUGCACGUCUGAAGGAACGCAUGAGUCGACUAUCCUCUGGAUCUCUAGAAGCCAGAUCGUCCGCUGAAAGACCUGCAGAUCCGCGUCAGCAGAAGACCUUAGACCCCAGACUGAAGCGCACAGGGAGUCUGGAUUCAAAGCUGAUUGGUCAGAAAGAGCCGAGCGCAGGAGGAGGAGGAGUUGUUGACCCGAGGCUACAAAAGGUGAAUGCUAGCUCCUCAUCUCAUGCCGCUCGAGCCAAACAAGAGCCCGAGAGGCUGCCGCCGUACGCCCCUCGCCUCGCCUCCUCCUCCGGUGGCGGGCUGGAGAGUCCCACCACCAUCCUGGGGGGCAUCAGUCUGUACGAUCCUCGAAACCAAAGCGAGCAGCAGAAGGAGCAAGCGGAGCCUCCUAAAAAGGUGGGGAUUCUGAAACUCCCAGAAAAGAAAGACCACAACCCGCCACAGUCUCACUCGCCGACGCAAAGGAGCGAGUCUUUGGAAGAUGCCAAGAGCACAGACGGCGCCUCGGAUCAGCCUCGUCCCUCCAGCUCCCCUCCCCCGCCCCCGGCCUCGCCCAUCAAACCCCCCGCGGUUCAUAACCUCCCCAUCCAAGCUCUGGCCGGGCUGAUCCGACCCCAGUACACCGACCCCAGGCAGGCCAAACAAGCAGGGCAAGGCUCUGCGGCACAGGAGGAGGCGGAGGAGAAGAAGAAGGAGGAGAAGAAGAAAGAGGAGGAGAAGAAAAAGGAGGAAGCAAAACAAGGCGAUGCCGAGGAGGACGCAGACGACCGGACUCUCAAAGACGUGUUUAAGACUUUUGAUCCCACUGCCUCCCCUUUCUGUCAGUGAACACUUUUAAUCUUUAUAUCACAUAUUUAUUUCUGUAUAAAAAAUGCUCCUGUAUAGAAUCACAUUAUACUGUGCUCCACACAUUUGUGAGCACGGAGAUGAUGUUGGUGCACAGAUGAAACCUUUGAAUCAUAUUAAGUGUGUUCUGAAGGUGUGUAUGUUCAGGUCUUUUAUCGUGUUGUUGUUUUUCUUGUGUGUUCUGAACAAUCAGAGACUAAAGACCUUGUAUAGUUUUCACUAAGGACUGAGCUGUAUGUUGUUGACUGAACUCUUGAUCACAGCCUGUGGAGUAUAGAUCCAUUUUAAUCUCUAGUUUUCACUCUUUUUUUAAUUUUUGUUUUUAUAUAGAGACGAUGCAAAUGAAUCGAUGAAAGCAGCGAGUGACCUUGAACUUUUUGUAUUUUCUUAUUUAUUUAAAGGCACUUAUUUUAAGAUCUGUGUGUUUCUGCUCACUUUUUACGAUAAGGGAGUUUUCACAGAUGUUUUCUAGAACGUUUUACAUUUUGUUAUUUUUCACAACAUAUCCUGAUAUGAGUCUGUAUUCACAUCCAAGCAAAAUGCAAACAGGUGCAUGACAUAAAAAAAUGGUUUUAACUGCACACAGUUCAGCUCCCAAUGAGCGACAUUAGUUUUAACAGGUCAACUGUUUAUUUUCUGCUCCAUGUGGUAUCUGUCUCCCUCUUGUGGUUGCUGUACUCAUGGCCUUUAACGGGUGAUAAUGAUAGUUCACUGAUUGCCUAACUUUAGAAAAGAUCAGGGGCGUGGCCAGACUUUUUUUGACUGGGGUGGCCCACUGACUUUUGCAGGGGUGGCAUGAGCUUUGUGAGCACUGAAUUAUUUUUUUUUACUUUUCUAUCCCCUCUAAUGGUCUGAACUUACAAUCAACCCAAUUGUACCACAUAUAAAUCUUCCUAGCUUGAUUCUUUAGGGACUGAAAAACAAAGAUGUGCAAAGUCACAAUUUAAAGCACUUACAAUAUUGCAUGCAACUUGUGCACGCUGUCUAACUUGCAAAAAUCCAUGUAUUGGCAAGUAUGUCUACUGCAAGUUAGACAGCAUGCACGAGGGUUUGCUUGGACAUUUUAGGGGAAAACCAAAUAAUGCAAAAUAUGCGUUAACAACAGAAAGUACUAACACCAUUUUUUUUUUUUUUUUUUAACUAUUAUUAAGAAAAUACUUAAAAAAAAAUCUGAAACCAUCAUUAGCCUGUGGUCCUGCCUCUGGUUAGCCAAUCAUAGUUUUGGAGUGGCCAAUCAAACCAGAAUCAGGAUCAGAAAUACCUUAUUAAUCCCAGGGUGGAAAUCGUUUAAUGUCAAGGGGGACCCAUGCCACCCCUGGCAACCCCUCUGGAAACGCCCCUGGUAAGGACUACAGUAUGUGUCUCCUGCCACAUGUGCCAGAGGACGAUCCUUUAGAUCGAAACGUUGAGCUGAACAGUGUGUCGACCUCUGACAUAACCAUGAACAUUGCAGAGAACUUUUAAAAACAUUAUUUGCUGAAAACUCACAGAGAAGUGAUUGCUUUCUAUUUGCUUUAGUAGCAGGUUCCUUUAAUUGAAGCUCUUUAAUUUAAAACAGCUUGCAGAAACGGUUGCACGUCUCCCUUUUAAUCCGAGAAGACAUUUUUGAUUUGUAAACAUCUAAUAUUCAAUUUCUAUUUAGUACAAUGUUUGUUUUUCCCGUUUUAGUGGCCUAAAUGAUUAAGGAUAUAACAUCACAUUUGAAGGUUUUUUUUGGACUUGUUAAUCAACCCGUAAAACCUUCCAAUGGAGUGGAUUAUUUUUGGUUAUUUUGAUGUGAUUUGAGACCGCCAUGCCUCAAAACAGUCUCUACUUCAAAGCUUGUAAAUGGCUAGCAAAGUGUUAUUUUACUGGUUUUAUUUUACAGAGUAUAAAAACAAAGAAAGAAAAAUAGUGUACUAUAAAGAAAGAUCAAAUCCUAUCUUGGUGACAUUGCAGAUAUAUGUGACAUAUAAAUGAUCUAACGUCUAUUUUAAUGUUGAAUUUUGUAGGAUUUGAAUAAAUAUGUUUAAAUUGGUUAAUGUGUCCCUAACAUGGUUCAGGGGAGCGUCAUGAUAGGCGGGAUGUUUUCAACAGUUGUGCAUCUAUCCUCAUUUUACUGAAACUAAGCUAUCUUUUUUUUAUUGUUUUGAAAAUUCACACUGUAAAUUCAUCUUUUCUAUCACCUGUACAGACUGUUUGAGUGUUUUAAUAUGUAACAUUUGGUUUGUUUUUUUCUGUCCGUGAGGUGAUUAUAGUUAUAAAACUUGUAUGACAUUUUAACGACACAUGCCCGUCACACUUCAGUGAUUUUAUCAUUGAUACCUGAAAUAAACAGAACACAUAAAGUUUA